CCCCCGCCCCUGUCCGUCCACUAACGCGCUCCGCUGUAGCAGUCCGCUAGCAGCGAGGUUCCUGGCGCUGCUUCCAGGCUCCUCCGCGGCGGGGCGGGUCCGGGUGCUGCUGGCGCCGAGAUGCGUCCCGUGCUCGGCCUCCUCCUGGUCUUUGCCGGCUGCACCUUCGCCCUGUACUUGCUGUCGACGCGACUGCCCCGCGGGUCGACACUGGGCACAGAUAAGGAGGCUGGAGACAGGUCACUGUGGUUCCCCUCGGACCUGGCCGAGCUGCGGGAACUCUCCGAGGUCCUUCAAGAGUACCGGAAGGAGCAUCAGGCCUACGUGUUCCUGCUUUUCUGCAGUGCCUACCUCUACAAACAGGGCUUUGCCAUCCCUGGCUCCAGCUUCCUGAAUGUUUUAGCCGGUGCUUUGUUUGGGCCAUGGCUGGGGCUUCUGCUGUGCUGUGUGCUGACCUCGGUGGGUGCCACAUGCUGCUACCUGCUCUCCAGUGUUUUUGGCAAACAGCUGGUGGUCUCCUAUUUUCCUGACAGAGUGGCCCUGCUGCAGAGGAAGGUGGAGGAGAACAGAAACAGCUUGUUUUUUUUCUUACUGUUUUUGAGACUUUUCCCCAUGACGCCAAACUGGUUCUUGAACCUCUCGGCCCCAAUUCUGAACAUCCCCAUCGUGCAGUUUUUCUUCUCUGUUCUUAUCGGUUUGAUUCCAUAUAAUUUCAUCUGUGUGCAGACGGGCUCCAUCCUGUCAACCCUGACUUCUCUGGAUGCUCUUUUCUCCUGGGAAACUGCCUUUAAGCUGUUGGCCAUUGCCCUGGUGGCCUUAGUUCCUGGAACCCUCAUUAAAAAAUUUAGUCAGAAGGACCUACAUUUGAAUGAAACGAGCAACGCUCAUCAUCUAAAUAGUAGAAAGGACACCUGAUCUGGAUCCUUUGGUUGCCUCGUCCCUGGACUCUACUGUUUAUUUAUUUGUGUAAUGGGCGUGGUCCUCUGAAGCCCCUCAUUGUUUUUAAAUUAUUCUCAACAGGUGAUUUAGACACUAUUCUUCUGUGUGCACUGUCUUGUCAUGAAGGACACUCUGUGCUCUAGAAGGUGAAUUAUAUCAGGUUCUCAAGGCAGCCCUGAUUUAGCAGGACACUCUGCAAAAUGGAUGGCCUCCUAGCAAAUCCUGUUUGUAUUUUACUGAAUAACAAGGAACUCAGGCCAAGCCCUGAGCUGCUUCGGGAGAGGCUGCUGAUUGCCCUUGUCCAGGGCGCCUCUUCUGCACAGUGAUCAGCUGUUGUGACAGGUGUUAUCCUUUUACGUCCCUCGUGGACAUGAUUAGUGUAGAUAAUGACAUGUGAACCCACAUCACUGACACCACUCUUCAUCUUGUUAGUCUCCUGAAGAGUGAUCCUUCUGCACUGUUUUGCUGAUGACCUACCUCUUCCAUAAAUCAGAGGAAACAAGCUGACAAACGGCAUGGAAUUUCCAUGUACAGCUCAGAAACACAGUGAUUGCUGUGAUGCUCUUUGUGUUCAGACGCACUGAUGUUACCACAUAUGUCACAUCUCCUCUUGGUUGCAUGUCCUGACAAUUUAGCUGAUUGCAAACAGGCUAUUGAAUAUCAGUGGAGCAAACUCUGUAUGUUAUGAAUACUCUGGAGAAGUUCUUACCCAUCUGGAUGGGCAGAACCCUUGACUCACUUGAACCAAAUGACUGUUGAGUACAUUUUCUAGUCUGUCCUUUCUGUGUGGAAAUCCCUCCUCUGUCUUGCUGGGACAAUGGAUUCAGUACACUCCAAUAUCACCCAGUAUACUCUCUGAAUGCUUUUUUUCAUUUUGUCAUUUCCUGAGAAUAACUGAGGGAAUAAUUCUAUUUUAUCUUUUAAUUCAGGUGAAUUAAGGGGAAAAUUUGGUUUUGGAUUAAUUUGUUGUGUUGUAUUUGAAUGAUCUGUAGCUGUCAUGGCUUCCUAUGGCUGCAGUAUUGAAUUGACACAGACCUGUUCAUGCUUCCAAGGACAGAAGGGCCUUGGCACCUAAAAUGACCAGCUCUGGGAUCCUGUACCCUACAGGAGUAACUCAUCAUCUCUUAGCAGAACUGUUGUCCCUGGGCACCAUCUGCUGGGUUUUUGAUUUGGCUUGGCCAAGAAUCUUGCCAAGGCUUUAAUGUAGACCAGUUGUUCUACAUGAAUUCUUGGGAAUUCAUGACAGAGAAUGAAUUUCCAAGCAGUGUUUUUUGGACAUGGUAUAAUCCAAAAAACACAACAAGGACUUCAUUUUUAAGGAUGUGUUGCUUUAAAAGAAGCUUGAUAACAAGAGUGGGAGUGAGGAGGAGGCCAACUGGACUUGGAGAUGCGUGGCUCUUUGUGUUGUGAAGUAGGAGGAGGGAAGGGGAGACACAAGGAAGCUCUCUACACUAUUGAAAGUAUGGCCCUUUGCCCUUUAUCCAGAUCCUUGGAUUGGUCUCUCUCCCAUCUCCCCCGUGAUUUUGCAACAAUGUGCCUUAUCAGUUGUGAGUUUACAGGCAAAGCAAUUUCCCAAAUAAAUGGAUAUAAAUAUUC